AUGGGCAGUGCUGAGGAGGAGGAUCUACCGGCAACGGACAUGCCGCGGGUGGUGGGCGUCCUCUCCGCGCUCCUGGAGCGCGUAACGGAGCGCAACGACACGGCAGCGGGGCCGGGAGCGCUGGAACCGGCGUCACGGUCGGCGUUCCGGGCGAUGACGAAGCCCGGCAUCUCGGUGCGCGCGUACAUGGCGCGCAUCGCGCGGUUCGCGGGCUGCAGCCCCGCGUGCUUCGUGGUGGGUUACAUCUACCUCGACCGCCUCCUGCGCCGCCGCCGCGCCCUCGCCGUGGACUCCUACAGCGUGCACCGCCUCCUCAUCACCACCGUGCUCUCCGCCGUCAAGUUCAUGGAUGACAUAUGCUACAACAACGCCUACUUCGCCAAGGUGGGCGGGAUCAGCCUGCCGGAGAUGAACUACCUCGAGGUGGACUUCCUCUUCGGCGUCGGCUUCGAGCUCAAUGUGUCGCCAGAGACGUUCGGCCACUACUGUGCCAUCCUCCAGUCCGAGAUGCUCUGCCUGGAGCUGGAGCCGGAGCCCCUUCUUCCCCCUAAUGCCGCCGCUCCAGGCAGCGCAAUGCUUUGCUGCCUCUCUGAAGACGAUGGCACUAGCGCCACCACCAGCAGUAGCAGCAGUACUCAGCAGCAGCAGCUGGCUGCGGUCAUGUUGCUCGUCCGAGCAGAGUACGCGAGCUUCCUCGGUGUGAUGUGCUGCUCUUUGGUCCCUCUGGUUGGCCUGCCGGACCAUAUGUUGGAGCUGAACAGCAACAAUGCGAUGCACAAAUUCACCGAUACGACAAAUAUGCACACUAAACAACCUCCUUCACAUGUAGUGAACUUUGAGGGCAGCUUCCACCAACAAAUCCUCCAGAGAGAUUUGCAACACGCUAACCAUGUUGCCAACCGGAAAGAGCAACAACAACCAUAA